UGUAUUAUCCUUUAGAGAGUAAUUAUAAAUGGUUACUUCAUUCAAUAUGCUUAUCGGAUAUACGCAGCAGAUUCAGAUAAAAGUUUAAUACAAGACUGGCACGUAAACGGUUAAUCAGUAUUAGAACAGAGCGUACAACAGAUGUGAUAUUUGGACCAGUUAUCACAGAGAUUAAUCUACGUUUGAAAAUGUUCCGCGAAGAAAUAUAUUUUAAAUUGACAUUUGUGAUGAUACUGUACAUGAGAUUAUUUUCAGAGGCUCAUGCUGUUUCAGACAACUGCACCAAAUGUAUUUGUAAUGAGGGUGAAAUAUAUUGUGGUUUUCUCAAACUCACUUCAGUUCCUAAUGAAACCAUUCCUAUAAAUGCUCAAAUUCUAGAUCUUGGUCAGAAUAAAAUCACGAAUAUUGCAAAGAACCCUUCGAAAACCUGACCAGUUUAAAGAAGAUAAAUCUGAAUUAUAAUGAAAUUACGAAUAUUGAAGAAGGACCUUUCCAGAAUCUUGCCAAUCUAAAGGAACUAAACCUGAAUGGAAAUAACAUCACGAAUAUUGCUGAGAGAGCCUUCGACAACCUUACCAGCUUAGAGAUAUUAUCCCUGAAUAAUAAUCAAAUCAAAGAAAUUACAGAACGAACCUUACGAAACCUGAUCAAUUUAAAGGAACUAUGGCUGGCUAAUAAUAAAAUUAUGACCAUUGAAGUAGGAACAUUCAAAGACCUUACCAAUUUAAAGAUAAUAGAAUUGAGUACUAACAAAUUCACAAAUAUUCUGGAACACACCUUCCAAGACCUUACCAGUUUAGAGAAUUUAGAUAUGAGUAAUAAUAAAAUCACGGCUAUUGAAGAAGGAGCUUUCCAGAACCUGACCAAUUUAAGGAGAAUAGAUCUGCAGGAUAAUGCUAUCCGGAGUAUUGAAGAACGAACCUUUCAUGGCCAUACCAAAUUAGAGCAAUUACACCUGCGUAAUAAUAAAAUCAGGAACAUUAAAGAAAAAACCUUCCGAAAUCUUAACAAUUUAACAGAGUUAGACCUUGGUCAAAAUAAAAUCAGAAAUAUUGAAGAAAAAACCCUAGGAAGCCUUACCAAAUUAGCGCAUCUGUAUCUGUAUAAUAAUGAAAUCCUCAAUAUUGAAGAACGAACCUUUCAAAAUCUUAGCGAAUUAGCGUAUUUAUAUCUUAGUGAUAAUAAUAUAACGAACGUUGAAGUACGAACCUUCCAAAACCUAACCAAAUUAGAGCAUUUAGAACUGAAUUAUAAUAAUAUCACAGAAAUUGAAGAUGGAGUUUUCCAAACUCUUCCAAAUUUGAGAAAAUUAUAUCUUAAUAACAAUAAUAUAACGAAUGCUGGAGGACGGAUUUUCCAAAAUCUCACCAACCUAACAUAUUUAAAUCUGGAUAGCAACAAAAUCAAAGCCAUUGGAAAACGAACCUUCAGAAAUAUUCCCAAAUUAUUUGAGCUAUAUCUCAAUAAUAAUAACAUAACGAAUAUUGAAGAAGGAACGUUCGCAAACAAUAGCAAAUUAGUGCAUAUAGAAAUGAAAAAUAACAAAAUCAGUGAUAUUAAAAAAGGAACCUUCCAAAACCAUACCAGGCUGUCGCAUUUAGAUCUGAGUAGCAAUAAUAUCAGGAGUAUUGAAGAAGGAGCCUUCCGAAACCUUUCGAAACUAUGGAGAUUAUAUCUGAAUAAUAACAAUAUCAGGAAUAUUAAAAAUCAUACCUUCCAAAACCUUCCCAAAUUGGAGCUUCUAGAUCUGAGUGAUAAUGAAAUCAGGAAUAUCGAAGGAGGAGCCUUUCAAGAUAUUUCAGUUAUAGAGUCUUUAGAUCUAAGUCAUAACAAUAUCACGGACUUUGAAGAAGGAACCUUCGAAAAGUUUUAUAGAUUGUGGAAAUUAGAUCUGAGUUAUAACAGUAUCACAAAUAUUGAAGAAGAACUCUUCCGCGACUUUCUAUCUUUAAAGGAACUAUAUCUGAGUCAUAAUAAUAUCACAAAUAUUAAAGACGGAGUAUUCGCAUCAUCCACUUUCAGAUUGUGGAAAGUAGAUCUGAGUCAUAAUAAUAUCAUGGACGUUGAAGACGGAAGCUUCCAACACGUUCUUCAAUUGAACCUGAGUUAUAAUAGCAUCACGAAUAUUACCUUCCAGAACCUGCUGGAAUUGUGGACAUUAGAUCUGAGUAAUAAUAAAAUCGGGAAUAUUGGGAAAGGCAUGUUCGAAAAUAAUACCAAUUUAGUAGACUUAUAUCUUAGUAAUAAUAAUAUCACGACUAUUGAAGCAGGAGCAUUCAAAAACCUUCCAACAUUAAAGGCAAUAUAUCUUAAUCAUAAUAAUAUCACGGUUAUUGGAGAAGGAACCUUCCAGAAUCUUCCCGCAUUAAAAGCAGUAUAUCUGAGAUACAACAAUAUUACAACCAUUCAAGUAGGAAGCUUCCAUAAUCUUCCAAAAUUAUGGAAAAUCGACCUCAGACGCAAUAACAACAUGAGGUGUGGAUGUCACUUGCCGAACGUUGUCAAUUAUAUAAAAAGAACAUACAACAAACGUGUGGUUGUCCAGGGCAAGUGUCGUGCAGAUAUAGGCGAUAACCAAAGCAAAGUAAUAAAAAUAUUGGAAUAUUCGCAAUGUAAAAGUUAAAGAUCGAAUGGUGAAACAAGUUAAAACAGCAGAAGUCCAUAAAAGGUCUUUGAGAAUCACCUAUGAUUGUAUUUUUUCGUCAUAAACCUAAAUUUUCUUAUAAUACAUUAAACAUAUUUCUAUAUAAAGAAACUUCAUUUCUACUCAUAAAUACAACACUAUGGAAUUGAGAGACUGUAUAAUUCGCAAUGAUGUAAUUAAAACGAAGGAGAGGAGCUUUCUCCGUCCGGGUUGCGGAUCCGUGGAAAAAGCUGCCAGACGAGAUGGUGAAGAUGCCGACGACCGCUUUGUU